AUGGAGGCCUGUGCGGACAGAAGGCUUCCUGAGCUUCAUAGGGAUGGGUCAGACAAAGAAAUUCCUAAGGAGGAGCUAUUUUGCUACACCAAGCACAGGUUUCUACUUGCGGAACAUUAUGUGAAAUUCAACCUGCAGGAACUCCUAACGAUUGCUGUCAGUAUCUCCGAAGGUGCAACGAAUUGUACCAGAGUCACAAAGACUGUUGAUGGCUGUUCCAACAAGGCUUUUGUCUUAAUCAUGCACAACGGCUCUGAAGUCUGGGCAAAAGCACCCAAUCCCCACGCUGGACUUGCUCGCUACACCAUGGCUUCCGAGGUCGCUACGUGUGAUAUCAUCUGUACUUUGUUAAAGAUUCCCGUUCCUCGAGUCCUCGCAUUGUCAUCUGUCCCGAACAAUCCUGUCGAAGCCGAGUAUAUCGUCGAAGAGAAGGCAUACGGCACCAGGCUGGAUAUCUCGUUCCCAGAAGCUGGGUUUGGUUCAGCAAGUUGUCGAUAUGGAGAACAGACUCAUCAGCAUAACCUUCAAUAG